AUGCAGUUCGCAAGCUUUGUCCCUUUGAUCCUGCUUUCCUUUAGCUUCAUUCACACAGUGGUUUCGGCCGACAAAUAUCCAACUGAGCUGGUAUACGAGGCGCCAAACGGCACUUGGCUCGAAAACCUUGCGGUGCGAGCUGAUGGCUCCAUCCUCGCAACGGUACUUACCAGUCCGGACCUCCUCCUCAUCCAGCCCGAUCCAAAGAACCCAGCUCCCAAGCUGAUUGCCAGCUUCCCUCCAACACUGCCCUUUUGGGAAUUGCAGAAGCUUCCUCGCACACCUGCGACCAACUUCACUAGUGCCACUGUGAGUGGCGUAUUAGGAAGUGGUAAUAUCUACCGCGUUGACCUUCCUCGUCAUCCUCAUCAUCCUAAUGGGCCCGUACAUGUGAGCCUCACCAGUCAUCUUCCAGACGACACCGGUCUGCCAAAUGGCCUCUUGAGCCUGAAUAAUCAGACUCUACUUCUCGCCGAAUCCAAUAAUGGCACCAUUCUCGCCAUCAACACCGUCACCGGGGCUUCCACAGUCGCAAUCAAUGAUCCACUGUUACUCCCUGCGAACGGUAACCCUAUCGGCAUCAAUGGACUCAAACUUCAUGGCAACACCCUGUACUUCACAAACAGCGGCCUCAACACGUUCAACCGUGUCCCAAUUGAUCUUACAACGGGCGCUGCGUUAGGUCCGGCAACCGUCAUUGCAACAGGUCUGACAGGAAAAGGGAUCGCUUACGAUGAUUUUGCGCUGAGUUCGGAUGGUAAACGAGCAUUUCUGACGACGACGGGUGGUAACACAGUAGCUGAGGUGGAUACGGAAACGGGAGGGCAGAGGACGGUGGCAGGAGACUUUCAUAGUACAGAAAUCGCGCAGCCGACAGGGGCGGCUUUUGGCAGAGGAAAGGGGCAAAAGGGGAUUGUGUAUGUGACGACGGCAGGUGGAAUCGCGAUUCCGGUCAAUGGGUACGAAAAGGUGGGCGGGCAACUGCUGGCUAUCCAUGUUGGAUAA